AUGAGGUUCACCCCUCUCUUCCUGCUGGCCGCUGUGGCCAUUGCCUCCCCUGCGCCGGACCUCAACGCCCGUCAUGAAUUGACCCGCCGCCAGGCCUCAGAAAGCUGCCCGAUCGGGUACUGCACACAGAACGGUGGCACUACCGGUGGUGCGGCCGGUGACACCGUGACCGUGACCAAUCUGGCCGACCUGACUGAAGCCGCCGAGAGCGAUGGGCCGCUGACGAUCAUCGUGUCUGGGUCCAUCUCGGGCAGUGCCAAGAUCCGCGUGGCCUCAGAUAAGACGAUCUUUGGAGAGUCGGGUAGUUCUAUCACCGGUAUCGGAUUCUACAUUCGCCGCGUCAGCAAUGUCAUCAUGCGGAACUUGAAGAUCAGCAAGGUCGACGCAGACAACGGCGAUGCCAUUGGCAUUGAUGCCUCCUCCAAUGUCUGGGUCGAUCAUUGCGACCUCUCUGGAGACCUCAGCGGUGGGAAGGAUGACUUGGACGGACUGGUCGAUAUCAGCCAUGGCGCGGAAUGGAUCACCGUCUCGAACACUUACUUCCACGACCAUUGGAAAGGUUCCCUUAUCGGCCACUCCGACAACAAUGAAGACGAGGACCUAGGCCAUCUGCACGUCACCUACGCUAACAACUACUGGUACAACGUGUACAGCCGUACACCCCUGAUCCGGUUCGCCACAGUGCACAUCAUCAACAACUAUUGGGACAGCCUGAUCGACACGGGCGUGAACUGCCGUAUGGAUGCACAGGUGCUGAUCCAGUCCUCCGCGUUCCACAACUGCCCCGACAGAGCGAUCUUCUUCGCCGACUCAGACUACACCGGGUAUGCUGUCGUAGACGAUGUUGACCUGGGCGGCUCGAGUAACUCGGUGCCCGAGGGAACCCUGACGCCUAGCUCCUUGCCUUAUGCGGCCAUUACUGCGCUGGGAUCUGGCCAGGUUGCAAGCGUGAUUCCGGGUACAGCCGGACAGAAAUUGUAA